AUGUCGUUUGGCUACUUCGUCACAAAGGCCGCCGAGGUCCCCAUUGCCGAAACGCAGGAUGAGCAAGCCGCUGAGGUAAAGCAAGACAAGGCCAAGAAGGAGCCCAAGAAGGAGAAGAAGGAGUCUGCCGGGCUCAGCCCUGCUGAGACAAAGGAGCUGGAAGAUCUUAAGCAGGCCAUUGUGGAGCGGAAGGCCAUUCUGAAGGAACAAGGCAUGAGCGGUGGGCAGCAGAACAAGGACGUAGAGGUCGUGAAAAUGGUGGACCGCAUGAACCAGCUGAAGGAGAAGCAGGACCCGGGCAGCACCAAGAAGGAGAAGGAUGGCAAGAAGGACUCCAAGAAGAAGACGCCCUUGAGCGCGGAGGAGCAGAAGGAGUUCGCAAAGCUCCAGAACGAGGUAGAACUCUACAAGGCCAAGUUGAAGACCGAGUUCGGAUACACCGCCAAGGACAUGAAGGCUGAUCCCGACCUCAAGGAGAUGGAAGCGCGCCUGGCAGCAUUGGAGAAGCGUAGCUGA